AUGCCACACAAAGUGAACAACUCCAAUUCCACCCUGGCCAGCAGGAGCAGCGGUGACCAAACCACCGAAGUUCGGAAUCUCUCAGCCAAUCCCGUCCGCAAACCUCCGGUCGUCGUCCAUAACAAGGGUGGCCAAAUCUAUGAUGAAACCCGGCCCUCGGACUGGGAUAAGCAACGCUGGAAGUAG